AUGCGCCAAAUCCUACAAGAUCGAGAAGACCAACAAGAAGAAGAUCGAAUCACGAAGGCGCUGUUGGACCUGCCAGGAAGAAGGCUUCUAGACGAAGGAUACACCAUCCGACAGAUUCAGCAAAAAGCACGAACGCUGAAUCGACAGUUCAAGGACGACGAGUACAAACUCGAAGGUCGACGUAUCGGGCAAACAUACCUCGACAAGGGGACCACCCCAGCCAAGCUCAAAGAAAACGCAACCGCCCAGCUAAAGGACGUAAAAGAUGCCGGCAACAGGAGAAGAGUCCAAGGCCUCCAAAUCCCAGAGACGCUUUACUCGGCAAAGUUCAAGACAUUGGGGAUUCUGGAAAUAGCGGCAGAACACGACAAGAAGGACGCCAAGCUCAAAGAAGAACUCCGAAAAAAUCCCAUCUGGAAGAAGCUUUUAGAUACCGGAGCGACGGUUCCCCAGAUCAAGAAACUACUCGAAGCACGGAUGGCGCAGUUCAAGAAGCCAUCAGCAACUUCGACAUCAAGAAGGACAGGAUCAAAGAUCGACGAUCAAGGAACACGAUCACAGAAGCCCAGAUUAGACUCGCCUCGAUCAACGGCACAGCAUAAACGAUCGGACAGCCCUAAUUGGCGAGUACGAGCCUACCAAGAACUACAAAAGCAGACGAGUCGUGGUUUAGCCUGGACAGCAGAAGUCGCCGUUUACACCGCCGUCGCGACCGCCACCUUUCUCGCUAUCUCUCUCGCUGCUUUUCUCGUUGGAGCCAUCUGCCAGGGCUCCUGUCUCAUCGCCAGUGACCUCUUCCACUUCCUCGAAUCCCCUCGCUACAUCAUGGCGGAUUUCCACCACGCAACCUACCCCCGCGAUCGUUCACACUCUCAGUCACCUCCCUUCCUCCUACGCCCUGUUUCAGCCGCCUCCAGUGACUCUGACGACUCUUCCGACUCCCUCGCUUCCGUCAACCACAUUGACGGCGUCACAGUGGACGACCCGCACUUCGAAAUCGGCGUCGCCCGUCUCCCUAGUCGUCUCGAGGAUCCCCACACACCUAAUGCUGGGCAAAUAUUUGCUCAGUUCAACACCACCCCCCGAGUCCUCAUCCCCGUUUACCCUUCCCCCAUCUACGACUUGACUCAUUACUUGAACCCGAAUCUCGUCGGUGCGCUUUAUCACAUCACCUUCACCGACGACGAGGCUCCAAUCAUGCUGGACCAAUCUGGGUUGGACGAUCCUGCAAACUUCUUCUUCUAUUUGCAGCAGAUUGUGAUGACACGAGCAUAUCAGGUGCAUCAAGGACCGCUGAGCCGACACCAGAUGACUCUUCUCUCGAAUCUCGCCCUCACCAGUUAUAGGAACAAAGGGCUAUUUAACCUCCCAGCCCUUCGCAGCGACAUGAUCAGCUACCGUCCUACCGGAUAUACGUCCCUCGCAAUGAAUCUUCUCCUCCGACAUUCCCCAGCCGAAUGGCUCGACACUCUGGCACGAAUUCCUUUCCGACGAAACACCAUACGUUGGUUCCGCAUUACGGGAUUCGGAAGAGAGUGCCUAGUCAUCGAAGAAUACAUGCCGGGAGGAACACUACCAGAACGACUAUUUCCCACAAAUAGUCGAGGAGAGCAACACGUCGCCGCGUACUGGUCUGAAGGAUCUAAUCCAGCAGACAAUGAAAGACCCUGGUACAUGGCAAGAUCGGACGUCACGGUCGAGGAUGGGUAUCAUCUACCUAGACCCGAGGAACUCCUCUGCGAGUCAAACACUGCGAGGCCCUCCGAAGACGUUGGACGCCUUCCUGUCACACCCCUCAUCCUCUCCCUUCCUGAAACCCAAGAGUCAUCACUGACGACGAAUCUCCCCUACACACCCGCAUCGCCAAUUCGGUCCCCCCGGUCGGACAACACGACAUCUUUUCGACAUGCGGUCUCGGCCGAAAGAACCACGGUGGUUGCAAGACUGGAAGAAGACGAUCCCAUGCUCCCCGCGAGUCCUCCUCACGACUCCGAUAGAACCGACCGGAAUCGCGAGGCUCGUCGACCACUUCCGACGCUGCCCUCGGCACCCCCUGAUGCAUCCUCAUCCGCGACCCUUGUCGGAGAAAGUCUCGCCCCUGUUGAACCGGUCGACACGUCCUCCUCUCACCCUGGGACGAUUCCAGUCGCAUCGGAAAGUUGGCACGAAGGAGCUAGUGCAUCGGCAAGUGUCUGGCCCGCAACUCCCGCUUUCACUCCCUCUCCUCUUGGGUCACCUCCGGCACCAGAAGCCCGUUACUGUUGGGAAUGCGGACGGCAAGGACACUUCCUCGCAGACUGCUCGAUCACACGCAUUCGGAUGCGGACGGACGUCACCGCGCGUCACUUUAUGCGCGAUUACGACGCGCAUCGCGGAGCCGUUAAUCGACUUCGUCUGCAAAUGGACAAAGUGGCAGAGGAGUACGGUUACCACAAGCAGGCCCUGGAACACAUGAUCACCACAUCCAUGUGGACAGGAUACCCUGUUCGCUCCAUCCCCACUUACGACGUCGACCACCCGCGCGAACCGCCGCCUACAAUCGAUCUAAAGAACCAUACGAAGUCUGACGAAGCAAGAGAUUCGUCUCAACGCUCUCGUCGUCCUCUACUGCCCAUCACCUUGUCAAGGACUCACCCAGGGAACCCUCCUCAGUGCAUCACGUGCACGCGACUAAGCCUAGCCGGCUUAACAAUAUCAAUAUCCUCCAUGUCUUUUUCAGUGUCUGACUCAAAUUCAGAUGCUGAAUUUUUAAUGCAUGUUUCUUUCUUGGAGGAUGCCCUUGGGGAUGCUUUGAAUGCUACAUAA